AAUUCAUCCCGCAGGCAUUUGGAAUGCCCUUAUCCCAAGUCAUUGCCAAUGACCGGGCCUAUAAACUUAAGCAGGACUCACAGAGGGAUGAGCAGAAGGAUGCAUCUGAUUUUGUGGCUUCCCUCCUCCCGUUUGGAAAUAAAAAACAAAACAAAGAACUCUCAAGCAGUAACUCAUCUCUCAGCUCAACCUCAGAAACACCAAAUGAGUCCACGUCCCCAAACACCCCGGAACCAGCUCCUCGUGCCAGGAGGAGGGGUGCCAUGUCAGUGGAUUCUAUCACUGAUCUGGAUGACAACCAGUCUCGACUAUUAGAAGCUUUACAACUCUCCUUGCCUGCUGAGGCUCAAAAUAAAAAAGAAAAAGCCAGAGAUAAGAAACUCAGUCUGAAUCCUAUUUACAGACAGGUCCCUAGGCUGGUGGACAGCUGCUGUCAGCACCUGGAAAAACAUGGCCUCCAGACAGUGGGAAUAUUCCGAGUUGGAAGCUCAAAGAAGAGAGUGAGACAAUUACGUGAGGAAUUUGACCGUGGAAUUGACGUCUCUCUGGAAGAAGAGCACAGUGUUCAUGAUGUGGCAGCCUUGUUGAAGGAGUUCCUAAGGGACAUGCCAGACCCCCUUCUCACCAGGGAGCUGUACACGGCAUUCAUCAACACUCUCUUGUUGGAGCCAGAGGAACAGCUGGGCACCUUGCAGCUCCUCAUCUACCUUCUACCUCCCUGCAACUGCGACACCCUCCACCGUCUCCUACAAUUCCUCUCUAUCGUGGCUAGGCAUGCUGAUGACAAUGUCAGUAAGGAUGGACAAGAGGUCACAGGAAACAAAAUGACAUCUCUGAACUUGGCCACCAUAUUUGGACCCAAUCUGCUGCACAAGCAAAAGUCAACAGACAAGGAAUUCUCAGUGCAGAGUUCAGCCCGAGCUGAAGAGAGCACAGCCAUCAUAGCUGUCGUGCAGAAGAUGAUUGAAAAUUAUGAAGCCCUGUUCAUGGUUCCCCCAGAUCUCCAGAAUGAAGUGCUGAUUAGCCUGUUAGAGACCGACCCUGAUGUUGUGGACUAUUUACUCAGAAGGAAGGCUUCCCAAUCAUCAAACCCUGACAUGCUGCCGUCGGAAGUUUCCUUUUCCAUGGGAGGGAGGCAUUCAUCUACAGACUCCAACAAGGCCUCCAGUGGAGACAUCUCCCCUUAUGACAACAACUCCCCCGUGCUGUCUGAGCGCUCCCUGCUGGCUAUGCAAGAGGACAGGGCCCCGGGGGGCUCGGAGAAGCUUUAUAAAGUGCCAGAGCAGUAUAUGCUGGUGGGCCAUUUGCCGUCGCCAAAGUCAAAGUCAAGGGAAAGUUCUCCUGGACCAAGGCUUGGAAAAGAUAUGUCAGAGGAGCCUUUCAAUAUCUGGGGAACUUGGCAUUCAACAUUAAAAAGUGGAUCCAAAGACCCAGGAAUGACAGGUUCCUAUGGUGACAUUUUUGAAAGCAGCUCCCUCCGACCGGGGCCCUGUUCCCUCUCUCAAGGCAACCUGACCCUGAAUUGGCCUCGGUGGCAGGGGAGCCCCGCGGAGCUGGACAGCGGCACUCAGGUCAUUCGGAGGACUCAGACGGCGGCCACCGUGGCGCAUAGCGGUGUCCACCCUCCCGCGUCGCGCGUCUGCAGCACUUCCGCCACCCAGGGCGGAGGCUGCGCAGGCCGGCGGCCGGCGGCCAGGUCCGAGCCGCACUUGACCUUGAGCAGCGCGGAAGACCCGAUCGAGGGCGAGCUGGACGCCGCGUGGCUGCGGAGCCGUUCCCAGCCUUCCUACCGGAGACCUCGGGAGAGUGGCAGGGAUGACAGGAGGCCCCCUCCUCCUUACCCGGGGCCGGGGAAGUCCCCAGGGUCAUCGACCCAGCCGCCCGGGGAGCCUCCCUUGUGGAGGCCGCAGAGGCCGCAAGAAGGAUCAGGAACAGCCUUGGAAGAGGAAGGCCAGCCGGCCGCGCGGGAGCAUCAGGCCCCGAAGACAAAACUGAGCAGCGCCUACUCCCUCCCUGCCCGCGAGCACAACAGUCCGAACUUGGGGGACGCCAGCUGGCUCGAC